CCCUAACUUGUGGAUGGAGAUGUAUCCAUUGUUGUCUGCUUCAAAUGAUCAGGUUAGCAACCAUAUACCCCAUGAUAUUGUCUUCUCUAUUCUCUCUAAACUCUCUCUCAAAUCUUUGAAGCGAUUUGAAUGCGUAUGCAAACCAUGGUCACUCUUAUUUGAUAACCCUAAUUUCAUGAAUAUGUAUCGCAACUAUUUCAUAUCCAAGGAUCAUUCUUUUUACGAUGAUAUAUCUCUUCUCCUACAUCUCAAAGACGAAGGUGCAUUGUACUCUCUUUCUGGUGACAGAUUUGAGAAUAUAGUUAAAUUAGAUUGGCCGAAGCUUUCUAUGAGAAAUCCAAGAAACAACUAUUCUUUUGACAUUUUGGGUCGAGUUAGUUUUAAUGGCAUUCUUUAUCUCCGAUAUUAUAACAAUGUUGGUAAUCGAAAAUUUAUGUUGUGGAAACCUACUACCACGGAAUUUAGGAUCAUUGAAUCUAAUGGUUUUUCAAAGAUUUGGUUUGAUAAAUUUCAAGUCGGUUAUGAUCAUCUUAAAGAUGACUAUAAGAUGAUUAGGCGCACUCAUUGUUCUUCUAAAACUGUCCUCGGGAAUUCUUCCUUUUGGGAGAUAAAAAGCCUAAACAAUAAAUCAUCUUGGAGGAAAAUUGAUGACGAUUAUCCUCACUCGGAUAUAUGUGGUGAUGAAGUGUAUUUCGAUGGAGUGUCUCAUUGGUGGGAAAAAACGAAUACAAAUAUACAUUUGGUGUCAUUUGACUUCAGCAAAGAAUCUUUCAUUACAACUCCCGUGCCCUCUAACACAGAUGAUAUUUUUGAUUUUACUUCGACUAGAAGGAGAAUAUUGACGAUAUUGAAUGGAUCUAUUGCUUUUAUAGUAAAUUAUGAAGAGACAAAUACAUUUCAUAUUUCAAUUUUGGGUGAACUCGGUGUAAAAGAAUCAUGGAGUAAGCUCUUUAUUGUUGGGCCUUUAUCUUGCCUUCAGUUGCCAAUUGGAAUAUGGAAGAAAGGAAAUAUAUUGAUCCAAAAGAAAGACAACGAACUAGCUUGGUUUGACAUAAGUUCUGGGACUAUUGAUGAGAUUGGUGUUACAGUCAAAUCUCAUGGCAAGAUAUUAUUCUAUAAAAAAAACUUUCCAAAUGGUGGAAUUUAUAGUAAAUUUUCUUUCAGAUUAAAUAGCUGA